AUGACAUCCAGUAAAACUUAUGAAGAAAGAGCAGAGGUGCAUCCAUCUCCUGUGGCUCAGAAACUUUUGAGACUUAUGGAGCAAAAGAAGACCAAUUUGUGUGCAUCUGUCGAUCUUACUAAAAGUGCUGACAUUUUGUCUCUUAUAGAAAAGGUUGGACCAAAUAUUUGUUUAGUUAAGACUCAUAUGGAUAUUGUUGAUGAUUUUUCCUAUGAAACGACCGUGCUUCCAUUAUUGAAGUUGGCCAAGAAAUACAACUUCAUGAUUUUUGAGGACAGAAAAUUUGCCGACAUUGGAAACACCGUCAAGCUCCAAUAUAAAGGAGGAUUGUACAAGGUUGCAAAGUGGGCCGAUAUAACAAAUGCACAUGGUGUUACUGGACCUGGUAUUGUUGCCGGAUUAAAGCAAGCCGCCGAGGAAACUACAUCUGAACCUAGGGGUCUUUUGAUGCUUGCUGAACUUUCCUCAAAAGGUGCAAUUGCACAUGGUCAGUACACAAAGGAAACUGUCGAUAUUGCAAAAACCGAUAAGGACUUUGUUAUUGGUUUCAUUGCUCAACAUAGUAUGGGAGGAGAGGCGGAGGGAUUCGACUGGCUCAUUUUGACACCUGGUGUUGGCUUAGAUGAUAAAGGUGACUCCUUGGGUCAGCAGUAUAGAACCGUUAAUGACGUCAUUUCCACUGGUUCUGACAUUAUUAUUGUUGGUAGAGGUCUCUUUGGAAAGGGUAGAGAUCCUGUUGUCGAAAGUAAAAGAUACAGAGAUGCCGGAUGGAGUGCUUAUUUGAACAGGCUAUCCACAAAGAAUUAA